AUGGCUAAUCGAUUUUCGGCUUGGAGAUCCAUCAUCAAAGAUUUAGUCAACUAUUUCAAAGAGUAUUCUAGUGUUCAAGAAGAAAUAAUAAGACAACAAUCUCGCUUACAACAAGCAGUUGGACAAAUUACAAAUACUACAAACAACAAUAGCAACUAUAAUAAUAAUACAACUCCUAACAGUGAGAUUGAAGCUAUCAAUAACUUUUUCUUACCCAUAGGUAACGGCUCCGUUCAAGAUAUCCCAAAUGCAUUAUUUAAAUUCCAUCAAAAAAAUGUUGUUGAUGGAACGAAAACGUUAAAGGAUAUAAAUGGACUUAUUAUCCCUAAGUUGGAGGAAUUAAGAAAAGACUUGCUUGUCAAAAUUAAGGAAAUUAAAAAUCUACAAAAUGAUUUUAAAAACAAUUUAUCCAAAGAAUUGAAUGACUCGAAAUCUUUGAUCAGUCAAUAUAAUCAAGCUAUUGAGUUAGCUAAUAAAUUGGGUAGCACUGGUAAUUUCAGCCAUAUUACCACUUUGCAUGAAGCCGAUAGUGGGAAAAGUGAUCCUUAUUUAGUAAAAAUUAGAUUAGAACGACAAUUGAAACGUCAGUUGGUCGAAGAGAAUUAUCUUUAUGAUGCAUAUGCAAACCUACAAAAUGCUGGACGUCAAUUGGAAUCGAUUGUUGUUUUAGAAGUCCAAAAUUAUGUAUCAAUGUUUUUGAAUUUAGUGAAUGAGGAGAAUUCAAAUUUCAGUCAACAUUUAUUGUCAAAUAUUAGCAAUGGAUUCUUAAGUAAAGAAUCGAAUUUUGAAUGGGAUGCCUUUAUUGAACGCAAUUUACCUAAUGUGAAUAACCAUGGUACUAUCUCAAGUGGUACUUUUAUUGAUUUAAAUAUACCAAAAAGACAUUUAUCCGAUUUUGUUAUCAAAAAUUUUGAUUCCAAUUUGAAUGUUGCCAUUAGAGAGGGAUACCUUGAACGAAGAUCGAAAUUCUUGAAGAAUUACACUAGUGCUUGGUAUGUUUUAACCUGUAGCUAUAUUCAUGAAUUCAAAUCCAAUGAUCGUAAGAAGGACCCUCAACCUGUUAUGUCUUUACCCUUGGACUCGUGUACUGUUAGUGAUCAUUCUAAAAACGAUGGUAAAUUGGAAGGUGUUUAUAAGUUCAUAUUGACUUCAAAACUGCACAAUACUUUGAUGAACAAGACACACAAAUGGGUUUUCCGAACCAAUACUUAUCAAAACAUGAUUGAAUGGUUUGAUAGUAUUAAGAAAAUGACAAGUUUACCUACACCAGCAACUCGAGCAAGAACCAUUGAAGGUGGUCAUGGUAACAGCAACAAUGGUAAAACUAAUGUUAGUGAUAUAACCAGUGGUCAUUCAAUUUCUCGUGUUUCGUCAACCAAUACUGCUCGCUCACCGGCAAGAUCUUUGAAAACUGUUAGCACAAAUACAACUUCUGCGUCCCAAGCAUAUAAACAUAGAUCUUUAAACCAGGUUAGUUCUAGUCAUAAACGGUUGUCAUCGACAUUUUCUCAGAGAAAUAAUAAUCAAUCACCAAGACUCACUAAUAUGAUCAAUAGUGAUGGAACUAUAAUUACUCCAGUUGAUACAGACGAAGAUUCAACGAAACGGUCAAGCAGAAUUUACCAGCAACAAAAACAACAGCAACAGCAGCAACAGCAACCCCAACAACAGGGUCCAUCUACACCAAAUCAACAGCCAGGUCCUUAUCACUUGAUACCUGUUGAUACCAUGGGUAACCAACAACCACAACAGCAACAGCAACAGCAACAACAACAAUUUGUGAAUCCACCAGCUGGUUAUCAGUAUUAUAUUCCUUCCAAUGCUCAGCAAGGGGUACAACAGUUUUAUGAUCCUGUUCAACAACAGUAUUAUACAAUCACACCAACUGUACCAGUUAAUUCAAAUUCUAGCAACAAUCAACAACCACAACAACAACAGCAAGCACCUCAACCACAGUAUUUUUCAACUUCGCCUCUUCCGACACCACAACUUAUUCCUGGCUCUCCAGUUGCACCAGCAUUCGGACAAUACUUUCAACAACCUCAAUUUGUCCAACAAAAACAACAGCAGCAACAACAGCAGAAAGAUGGUGGAUUACCAUACCCUACCAUGAGUAGGACAACACUGAUAUAUAACAAUGAUGAUACCAUUACUGACGAGCAAAUUCCAAAGUCAACUGCACAGCAACAAAAGCAAGAUCAAGGCAAAGGUCAAUUAGGUUCAUCGUUAUAUCCUGGUCAAGUAAAUGGUGAACGUCCAGGUCAAGGAAUAUCACAAUUAUCUAAUGAAGAAGUUUCUACUUUGAAUAGUAAUGUUGAAUCAAAUCCAAGAAACGCUGUAAAGAACAAUGAACAUACUGGUGAUAUUAGUAUUGAAGUAACUCCUGGUAAAGAUUGA